AUGCGUUUGUUUACCCAAAAGAAAGGAGCAAAGGAAGAAGGGUCACUGAGGAGAUCGCCGCUGUCAUUUCGGUUAUUCACGUGCGCGCGCUGUGCGCGGGAAAUUCUGGACCGUCACUUGCUGAAGGUGCAUGGAUUAACCUGGCAUUUAAAGUGUUUGAAGUGUUCGGUGUGUGCGAUGUUUUUGGGUCACCACAACAGCUGCUUCUUCAGAAAUAAAGAGAUUUUCUGUAAAACGGAUUAUACAAGUGCUUUUGCCAUAAAAUGUGCUCGAUGUCGACAUACGGUCAGUGCGAAUGACUGGGUUCGGCGGGCAGGAAAGGAUAUAUACCAUCUCGCCUGCUUCGCAUGUAUGUCUUGUAAAAGGCAGCUGUCUACAGGCGAAGAGUUUGGCUUGGUGGAGAACCAAGUUCUCUGUCGCCUUCACUACGACAUAAUGCUACAGCGUGUGUCAGACAAUGGGGGUGUAGCACAUUUGGGGAGAAAUGUACCGAUGGACUGCAUCCCAAAAACAGCGAAAAGACCUCGUACAUCCUUCACUUCAGAGCAGCUUCAGGUUAUGCAGACUCAGUUUAUCCGAGACAAGAACCCGGAUGCACAAACCCUGCAGAGGCUGGCAGAUGUGACUGGACUGAGCAGAAGAGUUAUACAGGUUUGGUUCCAAAACUGUAGAGCCAGACAGAAGAAGAGGAACCCAGUUCAUGAUAUAAUUCCUCCACUGGACAGUUGCCAGACUUCUGAAAUGCCGCUGCUGUCAGAUAACCUUCUCUUCUUGCCCUCAGUCAGGAAAUACCCAUUGACCUGUGGAGCAAUGUGAUUGGCCAGUCACAGAUUUCCAUAGCCAACAGCUUUUUAGGAGCAGUCCCAGC